UGUAUUGCACACCACGAGACCGCUGCACACCACUCAGCAGUGUUUGGCUCCUGUGCCACCUCUGCCUGAGAAAGCAGGAGAAGUACGUUAUGGUUUGAUCCCUGAGGAGUUUUUCCAGUUUCUCUAUCCUAAAACAGGAGUUACAGGGCCUUACAUGUUGGGAACUGGACUGGUGCUUUACCUUCUCUCGAAGGAGAUCUACGUGCUGAACCACGAGACGGUUGCAGCUGCCUGCAUCUUGUCAGUCAUCAUUUAUGGCAUAAAGAAAUACGGGUCUGAUGUAGCAGCUUUUGCUGAUAAACUUAAUGAGGAGAAAAUUGCUAAAGCUUUAGCUGUAAAAAACGAGGCUAUUAAGGAUCUGGAGACAGCGAUUGAACAGGAGAAGAAGGAGCAGUGGCGGGUCGAAGGCCGCAGUUACCUCUUUGACGCGAAGCGGAAUAAUAUUGCAAUGGUGCUGGAAACUAAUUAUCGAGAAAGAUUGCUGACAGUCUACAACGAAGUGAAAAAAAGGCUGGACUAUCAGGUGGCUAUGCAGAAUUUAAAGCGCCAGAAAGAACAAGAUCAUAUGAUUCAGUGGGUGGAGAAAAAUGUUAUCCAGAGCAUCACACCUCAACAGCAGAAGGAGAGCGUUGCAAAGUGCAUUUUGGACCUGAAGGCGCUAUCGAAGAGCGCGCAGGCAGCGGUGUAA